ACCGGAUUCGCGUCAGCCUUGGAACUAGAAAUUAUCACCCCAACGUCCAAACAUAUGAUGUAGAUAAGCAUGGCGGCCAGAAGGGAUACCGGCAAAUGAAAUGAAUGACGCUGUAAAAAGAAAUUUCAAAUGUUUAUAUGAACAAUGGAGCUUUGGAAAGGGUGCAUCAGCGCCACCAAUCCUUCCAUCAUGUUAGAGGAUGUGCGACUAUUUUCCUCUCAUCCAAAGCCCGAGAGCUUGGGACUUAGCGAUAAAAAUUUUGAGUUCCUUGCUUUUGUUGAUCCAUCCAGAAUACCAAUUCAUCUGAUCGCCGGCAUUGCUUUGGAUGUCAAGACAGAAAGUCAAUCAACCCUCGAAUGGUUUACCAGCGUCUUUGUUGACGCUGACGGUGACUCUGUGGAUAACAUUAAUCCUUGGUGGGAGAGUCCUACCGGUCAAUCGGAUGUCGGUGUUCUUAUUCGAGUCGAAGACGCGAUCCAAAAGGUGUUACCAAAGAUCGGGCCGCGUAUUACAGAGUUGCUCAUUUAUGGCACUACUACGCGGCCAGCAGAAGUUGAUGCAACAACUCUAACGUCUCAAACCUCUUCAUCGACAUACCAGCCAGCUUCAAAUCAGCUUGAAUCUGUGUUGAAUGUCAAAGCAUUACCCUUAUCUUCGGACUUGCUCUACCCACAAAGCGAAAUUCCUGCCUUGCUGAAGGCACCAGGUGAUAAUCAGCCACCGACACCAGCCUCUCCUGCCUUUUCUGUUCAGCAAGGGCAGUUAGCGACAGAUGAGGCACAAUUUCUUCCUCCCUUAUUUGACGACCUGGAUGGCACCCUGCCCUUGGUAUCAGCCAAGAGAAAAAGAGUUGAUUCGCUUUUUGAAGAUGCCGCAGAGCGAAGGAAACGGUCCAAGGCGAAAGGCGGAGAAAGUAUCUCACAGACCAUGGCCAAGGUCGAAGGCAGUACACCGCAGCCGCCAAGUCUUCCCAGAGCUCCCUCUGUAGGGCUUAAAGAUAGUCGAGAGAGUACACCAUUAUCGAAAGCAGACAGUACAGACAGUUUGCCGAAGGCUAUUCUAGGCAGGCAAAGCUUGUCUCGAAGCUUCAGCGCAGCCGCGGCAUAUGGUGAUUCAAGUAACUACGACGAAAUUCGGCCAUUUUCACGGAGAAAGUCUUUGGUAGACAAUAAACGGUCGUCAUUGGCUCGGACAAGCUUUUCUGCGGAGGACCUCUCUCAGCAGGAAAGUUUUGAGAGUAAGAACAAAGCUGCGCUUUCUCGAAUCGUCAUGGCGGCCAUGCGGAUUUAUGGAUUUCAACAACGAAGAAAACCAGAAAAGCGAGAAGAUUCCGAACCGCCAUUUACAAAUACUCAUGACGUUGGCACGAAAAGUAGCUAUGCCGAAGAACAAGAAGAGUACAAGUUGGUCUACCACCAGACAUUUAAAGGGGCUUCUUUUGCACUGAGAAAGCGUAUGGCAGCAUCAUUGCUUCCUCAGGAAACGAUGCGGGACGUGGUUGACAGACUCUUGGCUAUAUUCUGCACUGAAUAAGACGUCUUCCUAAUGGCAGCAAAGCCGAAUAGGAAAGUAAAUGUCAAGCAGCCCGGAAGCUGCCAAAAUUAUUCCGUGACUGCUCUCACGAAUGGGGCUGGCUUGCAUCAGAAAUUGCCGCGGAGCCACAAAUCUCAGCUUGUGCUAUAU